UGCUACUCUUUAUGCGUUUAUUUGUGAUGUCCAGUGUAUAAAACACGGUAGCAUUGCAUUAGCUCAUCAAUCGCAAUUCAGUAUUCAGCGAGAAUUGUUGCAAUGAAGCUUUUACUCGUUUUCUGUUUGGUGGUCACCAUUAUGGUGGUCCAGAGUUACGCUGGAGAGCCUGAGGGACCGAUUAGGCAGAAGCGUUCAGCCGGCUCACGUAAUAGUGAUGGAGCUCCUGGUGAGCCUGGUAAAAAUGGCGGCGGCGGAGGAGGGGGAGGCGGCGGCGGAGAUAACGGAGGUAAUGGCGGUAAUGGUGGUGGUGGCAAUGGAGGCGGUGGUGGAAAUGGUGGCGGUGGUGGAAAUGGUGGCGGUGGCAAUGGCGGCGGUGGUGGAAAUGGCGGUGGUGGCAAUGGAGGCGGUGGUCAUGGUGGUGACGGUGGUCAUGGAGGCGAUGACAAUGGAGGUGACGGUGGUAAAGGUGGUAACGAUGGUGCUCCCGGUGCUCCUGGUGCUCCAGGUCAUUAAUUCUGUUUGCGAAAAUAAAGAGUUGUUCUGUUUCUAAGA